AUGUUGUACGGAUUGACAGUUACCCAAGCUAAGAAAAGCGGACAACGACUGCGAAUCUGCCAACCUGCGAUGGAACAAGCAAUGCUCGGAAUUAGCUUGAGAGAUGGGCAAACGAAUGAAAAUAUCAGGGCGAAAACCAAAGUCAAUGACUCGGUGGAACAAACUGCAAGUGUUGGCAGACCCCUGUUAAGAAGGCGAGAUGAAAUACAGAGACCAGCUGGCAAGAAAUGGAUUCUCACAGCGCAGUGUAGAUGGACAUGGGAACAAAUGAAAGAGGCUUAUGUCCAGGAGUGGACUGAAACGAGCUGA